AUGAGACAUAAAAAUGGUGGUAGUACCGGUACUACUCCUACAGAAUUAUUACCCUCGGCCGAGUCAAAAGUGAGAAUAAUGAAUGGUGAGGAAUCUGAUGAGAGUAAGAUAUUUUUGAUCUUCCUCACGGCUUGUUUUAUCGGUAUUACUUCUGCUUUCUUGAUUGGGUAUAUGCUCGGUAUCUUAGGAGGGGUUAUAUUUGGGACGGGAUUUGCGAACCAAUUUUUCCCAUAUAGUACAAUGAUUCCGUGGCCUCUUACGGCGUUCUCGUCUCUCAGUUUCUUGCAGGUCUCUACAUCUGCGUGGCCACUGCUCUCAUUACCAACGAAUUUAUGUGUUAUAGGUCCGUUUACGUACGCUUUGGGGUUUGGCCUAAUGUACCAGGGUUCUCAAGUCUAUAUGUCCGAUAUGGGUUUCGCUCAUAGAAAUUACUUACCUUCCCUGAAUAUCGCUUUUAAAAUGAUGAUUGCUGUCGGUAUCUUUGUGGCCAAUCUUGUGAAAAGCAGCACCGACAGCAUAGGAUGGGGCUGGAAGGUUAGCAUAGGCAUUGCUGCGAUCCCUGCUGCUAUCACCUCUAUCGGAUCUUUCUUACUCCCAGACACUCCUAUGUCCAUGAUUAAGCUAGGUAAGUUUGAUGAUGCCAAACAGUUGCUCCAACGUCUCCAUGGCACCAACGAUGGCGUUCAUAUACUGUUCAAAGAUUUAUUAGCCGCCAAUGAAGCAUCAAAGUCUGCGAAAGGAUGA